UAGAAGAGGCGCAUCAUAGGGCUAAUAUAAUAAUGGUCAAUAAUGAGUUUGAGGCACUACAAGCUCAGUUACACGAUGCUAAGAAAAGGAGCGGCAAACUUGCAGAGAUUGUAGAAGUCACGUCAAAGCGUUAUUGGUGGCAAGUCCCUAUAAAUGAGCUUAAUAUAGAACAACGGGAGUGCUUGAAAUUCUCCUAUGUGGAGUUAGACAAGAAAGUUCAACUUCGUGCAACGGUUCCUGAACUUUUUGCAGAUUCGAUUUCUUUCGAUAAUCAAAAUGCAUCAGGAUUUGGUAGAGCUAAUGGUUUUCAAUCUGAUAAAUUCUUCAACAACAUGGGCUGUAGUGAUGAAUAG